GGCCUAUCUCUGGCUGCAAGGGGGCCGGGCCUGGGGGACGCGCAUUAGCCGCGACGGGCUGCAGCCGGAGGGGAGCCCGGGGACCAUGGCUACUGGCGGGGCCGGUGUGGGGGUGCGGCCGGCGGAGGAGCAGCAGCAGCCGCAGCCGCCGGCCCCGCUCCAAGCCCCGCAGCCCCCGGAGCAGCAGGGAGAGCAGAAGCCCCAGCUCCAGCCGCCGCCCCAGCCGCCGCCGCCCCAGCAGCAGGGCCAGGAGGAUUUCUCCUUCCUGCCCCUGGUCCAUGAUAUCAUCAAAUGCAUGGACAAGGACAGCCAGGAUGUCCACCAGGUGCUGAACGAACUCAAGACCAAAUUCCAGGAGAUGAGAAAGAUGAUCAGCGCCAUGCCCGGCAUCGGUGUGAGCCCCGAGCAGCAGCAAGAGCAGCUGCGCAGCCUGAGGGAGCAAGUCAGGACCAAGAACGAACUGCUGCAGAAAUACAAGAGCCUUUGCAUGUUUGAAAUCCCCAAGGAGUAGGAGGGAAGGGACAGGACGAGCCGGGCCCCAGGGGAAAGCAAGACAUCCCCUCCCCUUCUUUUCUGUCUUCUUCCUACAAGGUUGCUGCUGUGUGGAUCGCAGCCAUGUGACAUUAACCCGGGAGAACAUUGUGUACCUGACGUAUGAUGAUUGCAGCGGUUCGUUUGCUUUGAUCUGCUGUGGGACUGCAUGUAUUUAUAUAUCUCUCUGUUCUGGAGUGCGUCUCUUUUUUUUUUUAAUGCAAGCACGCAGGAGGGAUUACGCUCCCCACCUUGCUAUGAGGAGUAAAUGAUCUGGUGGCAACAUUACUGCCUGCAACCAGAAAGAGGGGGCAUUUUCUUCCCUUUUGUGGAAAUCGGCAGAAUGGAGCUUCCUGCCCUGCCCCCUGGAGGCAGCGGACGCGGUCCCCCCUGCGCUGGUUGCAGAGUGUGUGUCUGGAGAGAAAGGAUUGAUUACAACUGCUUUUGUAUUUAUCACCUUGAUUUUUUUUUUUUUCUUCCAUAAGUGAUGCUUGUAUCUGAGAUGAUCCAAGUAAAGAUUUGAAAACCCUGA